UUUCGAACCAACAUGUUUACUGUCGAAAUAAACGAGAGUUCAUUCUGAUUCCUAUAUACGAAUAUUUGACAUUUUUGGCAGUGGGCUGAUUUUUGAUAAAUUAACUGACAGCUGUUAUCAAGCGGUUGACUUUUUCGAAUUAUCUGGAGAAAUCUCUCCAUAUUAUUGAGUGAAACUGUAGUAGUGGUUGAAGACAGCACCGAAAAAGGUAAUUCAGAAAUGGAUAAAGAAUUGUUGAAAAGUGCAGCAGAGAAACAAUCAAAACGAAACUGUAAUGCAGUUAGAAGCAGUAGACGAAAUAGGACAGAGUUAACAUUUGAUGGAACAGAGAAAAGGAAACGUAGCUCCAAUUUCCAUUCACAAGAAAUAGAAAGCUUACUGUCUCUGAUCGAUGAGGAAAAAUCCAUAAUUGAAUGCAAAAAAACCGAUCAAUUAACAAACAGCUACAAAGAUCGAAUAUGGAACAUUGUCUCGCAAAUUUUCAACCAGAAGAAUACAACGAAAAGAUCCGACAAACAAUUGAGAAGUAAAUGGGAAACUUUGAAGAAAAUUGCCAGAAAAGAAUAUGCAUCAGGCAGUUUAUCGCAGAUAUCCGGCAAAGUGUUGGAGAUUAUGCUGUCUUGUGGAGAACCUUGUCUAGAGACCCCAAAAUCAGAGAUUCAUUUGAAGUUCAAAGAAGAACCUUAUUUCGACGAUGUUGAGAAAAGUACAGACGAACAUAGUGAUGAUUGGAAUCAGGAAAUUGAUCACGGAAAAAAUUCAACAGUUUUUCAGAUGAAAUCAGGGAACCAGCCUUCAACACAGAGAAAAAUCAUCAGUAGCUCUGAAAAUUCAUUAGAAGUGAAUAAUAUUAACCUUUCAAGAAGACCAAUAGCAUCUGUGGUUAUGGAAACUAACCUCGCAGAUCCAGAACUUUGUAAUAUGCCCACAACACCUCAAAUAGAGCAGGAAUCAAACAGCACGAAGAACAAGGCCACGCAGUGCGAUCCUCAAGAAUUGGGAAAAAACACGAAGAAAAAGCUUCGUUAUAUUGAUACAAGUUUUCAUAACUUCGGAAAAAUAUUCUUUAAAGAAGAAAAUAAGAGGAAGAGAGAUAAGCAUCAGUUGGAGAUGGAAAUUUUGAAAGUUGAAUUGUCUAUAAAGAAGAGGCAGUUGGAGAACCUUAUAAGUUGAUAUAGUUAAUGCUACUUGCAUUUUGUCAUGAUUUUUUGAAAUGAUUUUCAAAUAGUUGAAUGAAAUGUUAUUUCUGAAAUUCAAUAAUGAAGACAU